AUGAAGUUUUCAACGCUGCUGACGGGCGCUGUCGCCCUCUUCAGCUCCGAGGCCAUUGCCACCUCCCUUACAUAUCGGGUCGAGGCUCACGAGCAAGCUUGCUUCUACGCCAACACCAAGAACGCCAACGAAAAGAUUGCCUUUUACUUUGCUGUCCAAUCCGGCGGCUCGUUCGAUAUUGACUACGAGGUCACCUCCCCCAGCGGCAAGAUCAUCAUGUCCGGCGAGAAGGAGCGCCAGGGCGACUUUGCCUUUACCGCGCAGACACCCGGCGACUAUUCGUUUUGCUUCAGCAACAAGAUGAGCACCUUUGCCGAGAAGUUUGUCGAUCUCGAAAUCUCGGUCGAGAAUGAGGCUCGUGCGCAACUCCCCUCUAAGCAAGGUUCUAGCCCUGAGCAGACCAACAUCCUCGAGGACUCCGUCUACAAGAUCUCGGGCCAGCUGUCCACCAUUUCGCGAAACCAAAAGUACUUCCGCACGCGCGAGAACCGCAACUUUGCGACCGUCACGAGCACUGAGAACCGCAUCGUAAACUUUAGCAUGAUUCAGUCGUUCCUCGUUGUCUGCAUGGGUGGUCUGCAAGUAUUUGUUGUCCGAUUCUUCUUCCAGGGCGCUCGCAAGGGCUACGUUUGA